CGCCACCAGGAAAAGCAUAGUCAGAAUCUAGCCAACCAACAGCGCAGACCUUCUUCUCAUUUUUAAAACCCACAACAAUCUACUUAACUCCACAUACAAAAUGCUGAAGUUGGUGGUGCUGUCCGCUGUCCUGGCCGUCGUUGCCGCCCGUCCCGGUGCCCUCACGUACUCGGCCCCGCUGGCGUACGCACCGGCCACCCUCAUUGCCAAGCCGGAGAUUUACUACCAGAAGAGCAUCAUCGAGGAACCGACCGUGGCGCACGUCGGCAGCCUGGUCAAGACGAUCCCGACGGCCGUGUCGCACCAGAGCUCGACCGUCGUGCACAACUCGGCCAAGAUCACCGAGCCGAUCUAUGCGCCGGCCGUGAAGCAGACGCUGGUGUCGACGCCGAUCGCCAAGACGACCUACUUUGCUGCCCCGGCGGCUUACGCCUAUGCUGCCCCCGCGUUGGCCUAUCACGAUGCGUACGCGUACCAUCAUCUGUAAGGCUCACGGAACCUGACGGAACUGAGAGUCACGAGAGGGAUUUUGCUAAAUCAUUUCGAGCAAGGCUAAGGAGAGGGUAGCAAGUGUGCAUACCAGUGAAAUUCGAAGAAUCGAAAAGGGGCCAUAUAGGAGAGGAAGCGGCAAAGGACAUUUCUUACAGUGUUUCACGGCAAGGAAGGGUACGUUUUCCAUUGUUCAUUGUGAUUGUUGGUGAAAGAUUGGAAAACGGCCAACUAUUCCCACCGGAUGCCUGCAGUGAAAUAAAACAAAUGUCCUACAAAAUGUAA